CUCUCUGUCUCUCUCUCUCGCUUUGCUUGGUCGCGUUAUCUUGGAUCAUUUCAAGCGUAUCGUCAUCAAAAUCGCAGUUUCGCUCUCGAGAACUGUGCACUUUCUGAACUCUCGUCCGGAAAAAAUCACACCCAUCUUCGCAUUUCUUCUCGCUUUCGUCCGGGUCGAGCUCGGUCUCGCGAUCUUUCGUGCGUGCAGGUACGCGGUCAGUGAUCAAGGUCGGUUCUUUUGGGUUUUCUUGCUACGCAUUUCGGUCCCGAGUCGCGAAUUGUGUUGGACUCGUCGCUAGGAGCGGAAUGCGUCCAGGAAAGCUUACUUGAGUGAAGCUUCUUUUGAGAUAUCUGAGGAAGGGGGAGUCUGGAAUGCCAUGAGCUUCUACCGAAAGCCAUCCCCAUCUUGAGCUGAAGUCAAUGGAUCACUAUAUUCUAAACUGAAAAUCCCAUCUUUGUGUAUGUUUCACACCAUUUGGGUUUGGCGUAGGUCUUUUAUCCGUUGAUUGAGGGGAGGAUUGAGUUGGAGACAAUGCUGGAGGAACCUGAGCUGUGUGCUUCUAGAAUUUUAUCGCCAUUUCGCGAGGAAAGUGGUGAUGAGGAGCUGUCCGUUCUUCCUAGGCAUACCAAGGUCAUUGUGACUGGUAACAACCGAACAAAGUCUGUCCUGGUGGGUCUCCAAGGCGUUGUGAAGAAGGCCGUGGGCCUCGGUGGUUGGCACUGGCUGGUUCUGAAAAACGGAGUUGAAGUCAAGCUGCAAAGGAAUGCAUUGAGCGUCCUGGAACAUCCUACCGGGAACGAAGAUGAUGGUGAUCAUAUCAUGGACUCUAGCACUGACUCUGACAUUAUCGAAAAGGAGCAUAUUAUCUCUACUAAAACUAACUCCCACAAACCGGGAAAGCCAAAAGUGCGGCAUGUAAAGCCAUUGGUCGCCCCUGUUGCAAGGAAGUCUGUCGUCCACGGCAGUUACCGAGACGUCCGAUCGAUCAUUCAGACACCUCAACUGCUGUUUUGUGGUUUGCAGAAGAUAGAUUUGGCAAAACUGAGCACAUAUGCACUGUGGAGAUACUGCAGGCACUACAAGCUUAUAAGCGCAUCAAUCAACCCACAGAGGAAUGAAAUGCUCAACGUCGCAGUGCACCAUUUCGUAUCACAGAGAGUAAACGAGGAAGAAGUGAUUACAGACUUCAUGCGCCUGGCCAAGCGACGGAAGGAGCAGGAACAAUUGCUGCAGCGCACGCUACCUCUUAAAGUGUCCUGGAAUUAACCCUCACAAAAUAUGACCACCUAGUGUGGUCAACCAAUUCUUGUUCGUCCUUUGGAUGCUAACCCUCUGAUGUUAGUUGCUCUCUCUUAGCCCCAGGUAACGUCUGGGACGACAAUUCCUAGUUAUGUAGUAAAAGCUCAUUCAACUCCAUUGGAUUAAAGAGCACAAGACGUGGGUGCUAAUUAUAUUCUUACCA